CUUUCUACUACUCGAUGAACAUUCUGUUUGCCGGACCACCUUGACGUCAAUCAAUCAUAGACCCAGAUAUGUGAUGCUCAAACAGCCGUUGAAAGCUUUUGUUACCCACAGCUCUUUAAUGCGCCAACUAUCACCCUUCCUCUCAAACCACGGCGAGCUAUGAACGAUGAUUCCGAGCCGAGCUUCGCGGCCCGGCAGCAGGAGCAGGAGCAGCAGCAGCAGCAGCAGCACAUCCCGCCACACAAUGCAAACGAGGAUGGCAGCCGGCGCAAUGACAACCAUGAGCGGUCCACGGAGCUGAACGGCAGCGCUCAUGAUGAUGACGAUGAUGACCAGACGUCACGGGAGGAGAAGCGCAAAUUGGGCCUGAAGAAGAAGCUGCAGUUUAUGAGCCACCUGCAGAGAAAUCUCGACAUGAUCUAUUUUGCCUAUCUCUGCACAUUAUACUAUAUGGAAUGUUCCUUUCUCCGUCUAUUCGUACGCAUCAUCCCACACUUCAUGUUCAUUACCCCGAAAGAGGGUCCCGUCCUUCUACCGGCCGAACGUCCCCAUGUCUUUGCCAUCCUCGGACCGAAUUUGGUAUGCAUCCUUGCACACAUCAUCUCUGCACCACCAGCCGCCGGCGAAGCGACGCGCGGGUAUCUACACGGGGGCGUGAUUGUCGACUUUGUCGGGCAGAAGCCACCAACGACGAGGCUAUGUCCUUUGUUCUUCGAUGCGGUGAUACUGGCUAUCCAGUGCUUGAUGUUGGCUAUCCAUACGGAGCGGGAGAAGCUGCGCAAGGUUGUGAAUCCCUCCUUACAACCUCUCUGGGCCGGUCCCGGCCAGGUUGGACAGCAGACGGGGGCAUCAGGUAGCGACGGCGUGCGCCAGCCGGAGACUUCCCAAACUUUGGAUGCGGAAGAACGGGGCGUGAAUAGGGAAGAUGAGAUGGCUCUAGGCGAUGGAGAAGGGAUCGAAACAGACCGCCUGGUGGCAGAAAGCCGUGGUGGUCAGGGGCAGGAUGAUGAACAGCGGCUGGGGUCCAACUAUUCUCCAGCAUCUGCCGGCAUAGACUUGUUUGACGUUAUGAGAUCAGGCAAUGCCAGUGUGGGUAGCUUUCAUCCAGUACACGCCAUACGUACGGUGGGGAAUGACUACCAGACGGCUGCGACUUACACGGUCCAAAGCCUUGGUUUCCAUGCAGCCGCCGUUGCUGGCAACCGGGGAGUUAGAGGACUUGCUGGGAUUGCGAAUAGAGCGGCCAGACAGGGGACAUGAUAAGAAAGCAUUUGUAGACACUAAUGCUUAGUGCCGAGACCCACGAAAGCGAAUUUGAUACAGC